AUGGCGCCCCACGAGUGCACUCCUUCCUGCAUCGUGUGCGGCGGCGGUUAUCUUACGUGCUCGCAAGACUGCAAAGCCAAAUUGCCACGGCUGCAACAACCAGGCAACCCGACCGGUCAACGAACCCAAACUCGGACUGCAGUGCCCUCGGGUCCUGUCACCACUCCAAAAGUUCCCACGCCUAGCAACAAGAUGACGAAAGGCACAACCGGACCAGCGCCACCGGCGGGCACCUUGCCUGGACGUGCCCCCAAGUCUUCUCAGUCAACUAACAAGAAGGCAUCACGGAAUCCAGACGCCCCUACGUUCCAAGACCGGGAUCUACCGGCUCUCGAGGGCGUGUCGUCUGGCGCACCAAAGAAUACGUCUCAGUCCAAAGUAGGCAGCCGAGACAGGCCUCCUCCACCUCCACGCACUCCCCUGCCUUCUCCCCCACCAAAGCUUCAUCCUCCUCCCCCCCCCCCCCCUAAUUCUGACGUCGCGGACCUCCGCCGCGAGCUCGAGACUCUCCGGGCACAAAAUGCUCAACUGAACGCCAAAAUUCACGAGCUAGAAACGGCGCGGUCCUCCCCGCCCCCGGCCCAGGUAGCUCCGGAACCGAUGCAAGUGGUGCCGGCGGACCGGACACCCUCUAGCUUUCACGUGCGUUUCACCGCCUUCGAAGACGCCCUUGCCGAGUUAUCUACUCGGAUGUCAAAUUUUGGCCAAAUCCAAGACAACCAUCUCAGGGCAAUCACAGGCAUGGUUACGGCCGCCGUGACGGCCAACAUUAAGAUGUGCCUAGAGUCAAACCCCCGGCUUCUCCGCUGA